AUGCCCCAGCAGCCCCAGCCCUGCAGGAAACUGUUGGAUUUUGGUGAUUUCAGCGGGAAUUUCUGCGAUUUCUCCGGCAGAUCGCCGUGGUGGCCGUGAUGUGCAAACCCCACCGCUGCCCCCACAUCAACUUCACGGGCAACAUCUGUGUGUACUGCCCAGGGGGUCCUGACUCUGAUUUUGAAUAUUCCACCCAGUCCUACACAGGAUACGAGCCAACAUCCAUGAGGGCCAUCCGGGCCCGGUACGAUCCUUACCUCCAGACAAGGCACAGAGUGGAGCAGCUGAAGCAGCUGGGUCACAGCGUGGACAAAGUGGAAUUUAUCGUGAUGGGUGGGACUUUCAUGGCUUUACCUGAGGAUUACAGAGAUUAUUUCAUCAGGAACCUGCACGACGCCUUGUCGGGUCACACUUCCAACAGCGUGGCAGAGGCCGUCAGGUACUCGGAGCGGAGCCUGACCAAGUGCGUGGGGAUGACGAUCGAGACGCGGCCGGAUUACUGCCUGCGGCAGCACCUCAGCUCCAUGCUCUCCUACGGCUGCACCCGCCUGGAGAUCGGCGUGCAGAGCGUCUACGAGGACGUGGCCAGGGACACCAACAGGGGUCACACGGUGAAGGCCGUGUGCGAGUCCUUCCACCUGGCCAAGGACGCCGGAUUUAAGGUGGUGGCCCACAUGAUGCCAGACCUGCCCAACAUGGGGCUGGACAGGGACAUGGACCAGUUUUAUCUUGUGGACGUGGAAUUUUCAUGGAAUUACUUCACAGCGAAACCUUGAAUCCUCUCCCUCCACAUCUCACGGAAUUCAUGGAUUCUGUGGGAGUUCUGUGGGAUUGGGCUGGAAUUUGGGGUGGAAAAAUAGGAAUAAUAACAAAAAAAACCCGGAAAGAGCCAACCCCAGGCAGGUUCAACCCAAAAUCCCAGAUAUUUGCAAGGUGGAAAACCGAGGAGUAUUUGUAAUUAAUUAAUUUAAUAAUAAUUAUCCUUUGCUGCCUAUUGGUGAUGAGAGGUUAA